AUGGCUGCGCCCCAUUCACCACCAGCACACGCCUCCCAGCACCACCUGCCCCCCAGCCCGCCGCCAUCGCCGCCAGCGACCCGACGGCGACACAGGCGGAAACCCGAUCCGUUCGAGGCCCUGGCCACCACGCCCAUUCCCUCUAUCCCCGCAUCGCCAGCAAGCGAGCCCGCCGCCGCCGCCGCCAACGAGCCUCUUCUGAAGCGAAUCAUCCUCACCCCCAUCCUCUUCACCUCGUUUCUCGUCUCCCUCUUCCUGGUCAACUACCGCAACAGGGCCCGCCGCACCGCCGCCCGCGCGCCCAGCUUCCCGCUCCUAACCUACCUGUUCCCGUCGACCUGGCUGGACCCAGAGCCCUACCAGCACCCGCAUGACUCGACCUGGGACCGCAGGGACUCCUCACGCCAUGUAGAGCCGCACGACGCCAUUUCGCCCGGGUCUGCGAGCCAGACCGGCGGCACGCAGCUGCGCAAGAAGCGGACGUCGUGGCAUCUACACAAGAAGAUUAGGAAAGUCGCCAGGUUGGAAAUUGGCGAUGCCUGGGAAAUGCGCGGGCGCGUUAUUGUGGCUAUGGCUGCCAUCAUGCUCCUGACUUGUGCCGUCUUGUGCAUGGCCUUGAAGUGGUGCUUCCUAUCCGUUUCCCACGCCCUAUCUAGGGCAUGA